UUAAAAGAUUCUGGUGUAGUUCGGACAUCUUGGGCUUUAUCAACCUCUUACGUUUUCACCGGUUUACUUUCUGCUUGGUUCGUUUCUAUUUUCAUGGUUUUGUUUGAUAGUGAAAUCGUUGGGGGCUCUAUUCAACAUUUUAUAGUUUUGGGGUAGGAAUAUGAUUUUGAUAAAACUAGAUGAAUAUUUGCACAUGGAAUUGAAUAUCACAAGGCCCAUCGGAAAAUACAUUAGGCCCAACAAGGACCCAUAUCGCUUAGAAAACACAAUCGGUUGGUGUCUUCUUCUCCCUUUUUGGUACCGCUUUGCAGUUUUCAUUCUCGAUCUCUUCUCUGAUCUCGCUUGGUGUAGCGUUGGCUAGUGGUUUAUCAGUGGGUUGGCAAUGGAGGCGUCAUCUUCUCGGUCAUCGGAAUCUUCAGACGAAUCUGCUUCCAAGUUCCUUUCCGACCUUCCUUCCCGCGGUUUCUUGUCUUCAACCGUCGUCCCCUCCAAUCCGGGAAGCUUGAGGGUGUACGUAUGUGAGCAUGACACAUCUCCCCCUGAAGGACAGCUUAUCAAGACAAACCAGCAAAACAUACUAAUCAGAUCCCUCUUGUUGAAGAAGCAAAAAGGCGAAUCUAGUUCUAAAGGAACUCCUGAAGAUGGUCCUAAAAAGAGGGCUGCGAAUAAGGCUCUGGACGAGAGGAGCUCAGCUAAAAGGCCUGCUACUGUAUCUAGACAAGGAUCAAGCAGUCGUUCAGGAGAGAAAGACUUGCAGUCUUUGACUGUGGAGAAGCUCCGUGCCCUUCUCAAGGAGAAAGGUCUUCCAACAAAAGGAAGAAAGGAUGAGCUCAUUGCACGUCUGAAGAGUGCCAACUGAAGAUUCAGAGACGCUAAGUUGAAUGUAUGUAUCUUUAGAGGUUUCGAAUAUUCAAAAACAAAGUGAUGGCAAGUAUGGUUGUUCUUGAUGGAUAGAGAUCUCUUCUGGUGUACUGGUUAUCGAGAUGAUAAAUUAUGAAUCUGGUUUUGGUUUUGA